CCUCAUUAUGAAAUAUAAAAAAAUCUAUAUACACUGAGUUUCAAUGCUCGAUCUGUUGUAAAAAUGUUGCGUGGACACACGCUUGUUCUUGCAGUAUGUGCAAGUUUAUUGGCAAGUAGGCAUGUACAUGGUGUUGCCGUAGAUAUGGUAGUAUUGGGACCUAGUAAUGCAGAGGAAUGGAAAGCAUAUUACGGUGAUCUAUUGAGCACAGCAGGUGAGAUUGAGGUAUCGGGGUAUUCACCUAUAGGAGAAUUCAAUGAAUUAUUUGAGGUAGUAGAGCGAGAUAUAGCUGUGUCAGUCGAGUAUCUCGCUGGCAACACAAACUUCACAUCACUGCAAAGGUAUGCAGAUGCGUGUGUGGCAGCCUGCGAGGAGAAUCGCAUUCAAUGCGGAUCGUUUGCUUUUAGUUACCUUGAGUUCACACCUGCUAACAACGCAUGCCUACUGAUGAAAAAAAGUGAUCCAUUUACGCUGUUAGGGUUCCAGUGCGAUGGCUUCUGUCCGGUGAGUGAGACUGCAAUUAUGAUGCAAGUGCUUAUUCAAACACCUACACCCACGUGCGGAUUUGACCGCUACUAUGGUUACAAGGUUGCGGCUGAGUUGGCGACUGAAAUAUUUGAUCUGGGGUGCCAGGACACCAUCGAAGACGGGGGCACGUGUGGAGAUAUAGGGUAUUCUGGUGCUGAUAUGACGAAUGACAACUAUGGCUGUGCUAUGGAUUCUAUUUGCUACUACUUGAAGGCGGAUGGGGUUAGCAAGUGCCUCUCGCAAAGCUCUGUAGAUGAGAUUAUACGCGAAGAUUUGGCGACCGAGAAAGAGGAAGAGAAACACGCACACGAGUUGCUGUAUGGGUUCCAAGAGAUGCUUAAGAAUGUGACGGUGCCAGAGUAUAGGGUCCCAUACUGGACGGUUAUGGCCAUCGCCAGUUUGGACGAUUCUAGUUACAGGUCAGACGGAGAGUUCACUAAUUAUGAACAAUCUAUCGAAUGGUUCUCUUUGAGUGGAAUUGGCAAUGUUACAGUCGAAGAAUACGCAAGAACAUGUGCCAAUGCAUGUAGUGAUUUCAAUUAUACGGCUGGUGAAGUUUGCAAAGGGUUUGGUUACGUAUUCAAACCAGACGCGGUUGAAGAAAAUCAGUGCCGGCUGUUUCCGCAAGAAAUCGAGUUCAAUUUCUUGGGAUACGGUUGCGGUAAUAACUAUUGCCCUGUGGGGAACGGUAUCAUGCUAAAGCUGUAUUUUUCGGAGAAAAUAGACUGUGGCGAAGGUCGCUUUCACGGGUAUGACCUACAACAAUUCAGCUACGAAGGAGAUCGACUUGAAAAUUUUAUUUGCAGAGAUCAGUGGGGUGUUAAUGGUUACUGUGGAGCGGAUGCAUUUACACCGUCUACUGAUCUUAGCUAUAACAAUUCAGGUUGCCCUAUCGUCACAGAGUGUGAGCUCGACGAUAACUCGGGCUAUUACUACUGCCGCCUGGGAGACAUGGUGCCCACAUUUGAAUGUGGUGAAAUUAAUGGGAUGGAGUACAAUGUAUAUUUGGGUGAACUAAGCUCAAUCACUAGUCACUUGGAUGAUACGUUUAUUGAGCUGGUGGAUGAAGGUACCAAUGAAUCACUCCCUGUUCGAUUCCAUAGGUGCACCGAGCACUGUGCCGCCAACCGGCCUUGUCAGUCAUGGGCAUUGCUAAGUGAUCUGAAGACCUGCUUUAUGACCAACUAUCACAUCACACAACUGCCCAAACAAAUUCUCGAAGACAUUACGCCGGAGGCUCUGAUGUCGAAGGCUGUUCUGGGCUAUUUUGUAGAUGUGAGAAACGAUCCGAUCGUUCUUCCUAUACCAUUUGAAGAUGAUCAGACAGGUUUUACAUCGGCAGUUCACACGACGUUAGGAUCAGCAACGAACUCUGCGAUCCCUACCACAGUAGUUGACAACACAGUAGUGACAACACAGCAGUGA